AUGAGUCUCUGUCUCUUCCCCUUCGGUGGGCUUGUUGGCUGCGUCAAGACAUUCCUUGGCGCCUCAACUGCGGUGUCAUGCUGUAUUCUCACAUUAGGCAGCGGUCUUCAGAUGGCUUUCAAUGACGGGGCAGAGGAUUCGGGGCUCUGGGAUGAGAAGUCUCAAUAUGGCAUACUUUGGUCGUAUGAUGAUGAGCCUGAGGUUUAA